AUGUGGGCGUUUCUGGGCGCCCUGUUCCUGUUUUUGCAUGGAGGGGUCGCACAGCGCCAGGACAGUGAUCUCCUCUCCUUUGUGACCCUUCCGGAGGUGCGGGCCUUGAAGUUCAACAUUACUCACGUUGAUCGUGAACAACAACUUCCUGGCUACUGGUUUGUUGCGCCUUAUGGCCAGGUCGAACCUGAGAAUCCAACCCAGAAAUACGAACAGUUCCAGGUCGGACCGUAUAUAUAUGAUAACGAUGGUAUGCUCGUCUGGGCGGGCUCAUCCACCACCGAGAACCGCAACGUCUUCGAUUUUAAAGCGAAUUGGAACAUCGAUGCCGAGCCACACCUUUCGUUCAUUCUUCAGCAUGACUUCGACAACUCGGACCGCGGAAGUGGCGUCAUAAUGAACAACAAAUACGAAUAUGAACACCAUGUCGGCGUGACUAACGAUCUCAACUCGUUUAACAUGCACGAAUUUAAUAUCCUGGAUGGUGGCAAGACCGCUCUGGCGUGCACAUACCGACCGCAGCUUGUGAGUCUAGCCGACUUUGGCCGACCUUUAGAGGAGAGCUGGAUCGUUACGGGUGGAUUUGUGGAACUAGACAUUGAGUCUGCGACAAUUCUCUUUGAAUGGGACUCAGGCGAUCAUCUGUCCCUGACCGACUCUGUCAAGUUUCACCCCUGGGAUGGCGCACAAGGCGAGCCUGGAAACGACUACGUGCAUAUCAACGCAGUCGAUAAGAACGCGGAUGGCGAUUAUAUUCUUUCCAUGCGCUUCGCAAGCACCAUCUAUAUGGUUUCUGGUCAAGACGGCCAUAUCAUGUGGCGGCUGGGUGGAACCAAUUCAGCCUCGACCGACUUCGAUCAAGACUUUACGUUCUCCAAGCAACACGAUGUCAAAUUCGUCUCGUCGAAUGGCACACACCACGUCAUCUCAUUCAUGAACAACGCGUCGGAUGAGUACGAGAACGAGGAGGAGCUGUCUUCUGCUCUUUUUGUGCAACUUGACACUAGCGUGACUCCGAUGACUGCUAGAGUAAUCAAGCGCCUCGUACGCCCGGACAGAGGUCUAACCAGACUUCGUGGGAAUGUCCAACCACUUCCCAACGGAAAUACCUUUGUUGGAUGGAGUCAGUGGGGGUACCACGCCGAGUACGCACCAAAUGGCGACACACUCAUGUACGCGCAAUUUGCAUCGGAGCGGUUCUCGAGCUACCGGUCAUACAAAUUCGACUGGAUCGGUAGACCGACCACACCCCCGGACAUGGUCAGCUACGUCUAUGGUGCUAAUGAUCUAGAUAUGACGACCAUCGUCCACAUCAGCUGGAACGGCGCAACCGAUGUAGCCGGAUACAACUUCUAUGCUCGGGCAUUCGACCGCGGCGAGGAUACCUUCAUCGGGUCCGUCAACAAAACCAGCUUCGAAACAAUGUUCAUGAGCAAGGGUUAUAUGGACUGGAUCUCUGCCGAAGUCAUUGACAAACACGGCAAUCGCACGAGAACACCGUCCAAUUGGAAAGCAGUUGGAUUCGAGGGAUCGUCAUCAGGACCCAUCCCAGAUGACCCAGCGACGUUCUCGACCUCAGAAGUAAGCGACGAUUCUGACAGCGCGGGCUCAACUUCUGAAGGCCGCAAUGCAAUAAUCUACGCCGAAACGAAAACCGUCGCGGCCGCAGUUUACAAGGCCUACGAGGUCAUCCAAGUUCUGAGCGGAGGCAUGAUCAUCCUCUUGACAUUGUGCUGUACCGCUGGAAUUGUACAUGGUAUCCAGCGCUUCUUGCGGGUAAGAAGAACGCGCUCAUAUCAGCAUAUUCCUUCGGGAGGUCAAUCCGUGGAACAAAUUCAGCCUUGUUCGAAUGACGCGUGA